GGCAGGCGGGAGCCGAGCGCGCGGGCCGCUCCCUCAGCGCGCGCGGCGUCCCCUCCCCUCUCCCCCCACCCCCCCCCAGCCCCCCCGCCCCUUCCCCGCCGCCAUGUCGGAGGAGAAGCCCAAGGAAGGUGUGAAAACGGAGAACGACCACAUCAACCUGAAAGUGGCGGGGCAGGACGGCUCCGUGGUGCAGUUCAAGAUCAAGCGGCACACCCCGCUCAGCAAGCUGAUGAAGGCUUACUGCGAGCGGCAGGGCCUGUCCAUGAGGCAGAUCAGAUUCAGGUUUGAUGGACAACCAAUUAACGAAGGAGACACACCUGCACAGCUGGAGAUGGAAGAUGAAGACACCAUUGAUGUGUUCCAGCAGCAGACAGGUGGAGUGUGCUAAGACACAGAGUCCUUCAGAGAAGAGGAGUUUCAGGGUCCUCUCACCACACCUCACUCUCUCAUCUGUCCCUGGAUUUGCUAUCAGAUAGUAAACAAAUGAACAUGCCAAUCACCUGGGAUUCUUCUAAACUUUCAGAGGACAUUUCCCAAAGUUGCUUGUUGUCUUUGACGUCCUGUGUGUGCGAGUCAGACCAGUAUCUGCAGGGAUUAAUCAGUAUCUUACAUUGGGCCAAACAGAUUUCAGUUCAGAUUUAGUAAUAUGCAUUGUCUCUCUGCUGUUAUCUUUUGGGUUUUUUCCUUCUUUUUUAUUUUUUUUUCCUUUAAACCUGUGGCCUAAACAUUCACCCAUGUGUUCAGACAUGGAGUGUUCUUCAUUCCUGGCUCUUGUUGGGUUUUUGCCCCUCUGUUUAAUCGUGUAAAUAAUCCAGAAUAUUUUCCUGCCAAUUACGAGGGUAAAAGUUUUUCCUUUUGAGAAGAUGCCCGAGGGGAAGGACAAGAGCUGCUGAUGGGAAGUUCUUUAGCACAUGUUGCUAACAGAGCUGCUGCAGGAGCAGUCAGCCUGUGACAGGAGGCUGGUACAUGCAGACACAGUGCUUACUGUAGAGCUGGAGUUUAAAAUAUUGCAGAUUUACAUGUGCUUUGUCAUACUAUGAUAAAGUUGUCUGAAAUAUACUUUUUUAAUGCAGAAA